AUGUCCACUUUUGACUUAGGCGGUCGACCUUAUCGUUCUUCAGGAUCGGGAGCACAAGUAAUGCCUUUUGAACAUGCUAGAUUUCCUGUGUUUGAACUUUUUUAUAUGGUUCUAAUAAGAGUUUUUUUUGGAAAAACCGGUGAAGCAUUAAAGCGUAAACGUUCGUUGGCGAAACUGAUAAACAAGACUUCUUUUAAAGCGGAUGGUCACUUAUCCCAGUUUAUUCAAAAAUCCUCUCAAAAUUAUGUGCCUUCUGUAGACAGUGAUUCUUCUUAUGCCAUAGAGGUGAAAAAAGACGCAAGUCCGAUGAAAUAUGUUGCGGAAAAACAGCGUUUAUCUGAAAUCACAAGAGGGAAAGGUGGAGUUGCUGGCACUCGCAGUUGUUCAUCGAUCUCUUUCGGCGAAUCUAGAAAGUAUGGUGACAGAAAUAUACUCUUUUAUGAGCAAGAUGGUUCUGGAUAUGAAUUUCAUGGACAUGAUAUUAGAAGAACUAUCAAAGGGCUGGCAAAAAGAGAUAAACAAAAGAGGAUGUUAAAAAAGAAGUCGAGGACCUGUAUUGACAAAGAUGAACUUAGUUGUAAAGAAGAGAGCGAGAGCCUUAAAAAUAUAACUGUUAAUGAAAAUUUUUUGUUACGUACUGUGCCAAAGUAUAACUCACAAGAUACAAAUGAUUCUUUUAAAAACAACAUCUCUGCUCACAUCGAUGAGAAAAUCGGAGGAGAGAAUUGCGCUUUUGAGAAAAUUGAUCCUAACUGUGACAUUCAUAUUGCUCUUUUGACCGAAAAUUCUACAAGGAGAAGACAGUAUGAUUUGUUAGCUCCUCAGCAAGUAGAUGACUCUGUCGAUGGCAGUGAUUGCGGGGAUGCUUUGGAGUGCAGGCAACAUGGGUCGUUGGAUGACUUCGAAUAUGAGAAGCAGAAUGUGACGCAUGGCAGUGCUGAAUCGUCAGAAUUUUUAAACAGUGGGUCGGCAGCGUCCGUUACCUUCAAAGUCACUGAUAGCCAGUCUGUUAUCGAGGACGGAAGUGAAGUUUGCGUUACUUCAAACGAAGCUAAUAAAAGUACUGAACUGGAAAGCGAGAAGGGCAAUGACAGAACGGCCGUGUCUAUCGCAAAUGACGAUGAAGUGUCAGGCAAUGAAUGUACUGAAGCAACAGUCAGUUCAUCUGACAAGCCAUCUGCCAGUCUCGCCGAUUCUUACGAGCAGGACUGUUUAAGUGAGAAAAUUUGGGAGUUUCAUCGAAAAUCUCUGCAAACUGAACUUAUGCUUGCUAGAAAGUUACAUCUUCGUGACGCCUUAUACUAUUCAAUUGCUACUAUUUUCCCAAUGUGUGGUCUAUAUGUAGUCGGUUCGUCUCUGAAUGGCUUUGGGAGCAAUUCGUCCGACAUGGAUUUGUGUUUAAUGAUUACUGAUAAAGAGUUAGAUCAAAAGGUUGAAGCUGCGACUAUCUUACAAAAUGUUAAAGACAGUUUAAGAACUGCUUGUUACAUUCGCGAGCUCCAGCUUAUUCCUGCUAAGAUACCGAUAUUGCGAAUGAAGUUUGAGGUGCCGUACGAUGACAUUGUGGUCGAUCUUAACGCUAACAACUCUGUUUCUAUACGCAAUACUCAUCUACUGUCUUACUACUCAGCAUACGACUGGCGCGUACGACCACUAGUUAGUGUUGUUAAAGAAUGGGCGAAACGGCGAGAUAUUAAUGACGCAAAUCGGUCUUCAUUCACAUCUUAUUCUCUCGUAUUAAUGGUGAUCCAUUACUUACAAUGUGGCGCUAAACCCGCUGUACUUCCUUCUCUCCAAGUAGCUUAUCCGAAACGUUUUGGAGCCGACCUUGAUGUGCGGACUUUGAACUCGUCUACUCCAUUAGAAGGCGUUCCAGGAAUUCCGCACAACGCAUCACCAAUGCUUUCACUUGGAAAUUUGCUCAUUGGAUUUUUUCACUAUUAUGCGUUUGAGUUCGAUUAUGUUAACGAUGCUAUCUCGGUCAGACUGGGUCGUAAGAUUGAAAGACAGUUUGUGGCAAGUCGGCAAACAACUUACACUCUCAGCAUGGCCCAGUGGAACUGCAUUUGCAUAGAGGAACCUUUUUCACGAACGAACACUGCACACUCUAUGCACAAUGAAAUGCUAUUUGAUUCGAUUCGAAAAGCUUUCGAGGAAGAUUAUGAAAAGCUUUCUGAGACUCGAGACCUUGACGCAUUUUUAGACGUAAAGCCCAUCGCGCCAUUACCAUUCAUCCUUGCGAGCAAUUCCAGAUCCUCUUCUAAACCAGAACCUCUUCCUACAACAAAGAAAAACUUGCUGAAAGGGGGACCAGUUACAAAUUCGAGAAUGAAAUUACGAGAUUCCGAAAGCAUUUCCUUUGAAAAUGAUUCAGUUAAUGACGAAAAAGAUGAUAUAAGCCCACAGAACACUAAUGGAAAUGCUGUCGUACCUUUGCAGUACUCUCAAAGGCCCGAGAGUGUUUUUCGAUUAAUUGGUGAGCUUGGGCUUCUAUUGCAUUGUACUUGCGAAAAGAAGGUUCGCAUGGGUGACUGUGUUUUGCAGUCAUAUAAAGCCCACUAA